UGCUGUGGAUGGAGGCUCAGCUGUUUCCCCCACAGUGCGUUCCCUUGCAGUAUAAAGGCUGCAGCAGAGGCGCAGAGCUGCUGGAAACAUCUGGAGCAGCAGCUGCGCACUGACAGCUGCAGGAUGCGCGUCUUCUCUCUCCUCUGCACACUCGGCUUCCUGCUCAAGGAGACGCAGGCAUGGGGCUUCAAAAACGGAAUAUUUCAUAACUCAAUAUGGCUGGAACAAGCAGCUGGAGUUUACCACCGGGAGUCGCGCAAAGGGAGAUACCAGCUGACAUAUAAAGAGGCCAAAGCUGUCUGCAAAUACGAGGGAGGGAAUCUGGCCACUUACGAACAACUGGAGGCGGCUCGUCAAAUAGGUUUCCAUGUGUGCGCUGCUGGAUGGUUUGACAGAGGACAUGUUGGAUACCCCAUCGUCAAAUCCGGAGCCAACUGCGGCUUCGGGAAGAUCGGCGUCAUCGACUACGGAGUGAGGAGGAACAAGAGCGAGAGGUGGGACGUGUACUGCUACAACCCCGACUCUAAGGAGUGCGGUGGAGUGCUGACGGACCAGCAGAGGAUCAUUCAGUCUCCGGGCUUCCCGGAGGAGUACCAGGACCAACAAAUCUGCUACUGGCACAUCCGAGCGCGCCUGGGCCAGAGGAUCCGCCUCCACUUCCUGGAGUUCGACGUGGAGGAGGACACGGGGUGUCUGGCAGAUUACCUGGAGGUGUACGACAGCUACGACGACGUCGCCGGCUUCGCUGGGAGAUUCUGUGGCGAUUAUUUACCCGACGACAUCGUCAGCACAGGAAACGUGAUGACGCUGAAGUUCCUCUCCGACGCUUCAGUCACAGCCGGGGGCUUCCAGCUACAAUACAUAGCCUCUAAUGCGUCUCUGUUUUCACACAAUUACACUCAUUAUUUCCACUGACCGACGGUUUGAUGCACUGAUAUAAUCCUGUUGCUGUUGGUUACAUCGGGUACUGUAAUUAAUUAAGUCUUUUUUUUUAGCUGAUUAAAGAAAUAAUUCUGUCGUUAAACUGUGUUGCAGUUCCUGUCAUUGUUCUUACGUUAUAGAUCAAAUAAACAAUCCUCA